AGAACAUUAUCACUAUCAGUUGGCCAGAAACAACAAGUGAUAAGAACAAAAGAUUUCCUUGAGCGACGAUAGAAGGAAGAAGGAACUGUUCUUUUACUGUAGUCUCAUCUGGACAACCCCAGGGGCGAGGCCUCAGAGGACUGAAUAUAAGGAGGGACGCGACGUUUGACACAGCAUCGCUAACUCAAGCUCUCCAAGAGCAUCUGAAAUCUUCACAGCUAUCUUCACUGACACAGAGAUGAUUUUCUCUGUCCUUCUUGUGCUGGGUGUCUGCUUGGUGCCGGCUCACUCCAAACCAGCAGAAGAAUAUUUGGGCAGUCCUCUCCUUCAAACCUGUUUUGAAGAGGCAAAGAAACUUGUGGAUGAUGCAUACAAGUACUCCAGAGAAGAGAGUCUGAGACGAGUCCGCAGGGAAGUGGUGAAACCUCACGAUGCUCUCCGUCUGUUGAAGCAGCCUCGGGCUGACACACGCUCAGCUGUAAGAUCUGCAGACUACAUGGCACAGACCUUCCGUCUGCUUAACGAAAGGGUGCAUCGUGUGCACAAACGCUCACUCAACGCAACAGACUUGCUCUCUGAAGAGGACCUGAGGAGGCUUUCAGAAAUAAGUGGAUGUGCAGCUCGAGUCAGACUCCCACAGUGCCGCACCACACCAAACGUUAACAAGUAUCGCACCAUCACCAGCAUCUGCAACAACUUAAAUAACCCUCGCCUUGGAGCUGCCAACACUCCCUUUGCCCGCUGGCUACCUGCUGAAUACGACGACGGCGUCUCUGAACCGAAAGGCUUCAGAAACCAGACAUUCAACAGCUUCUUCCUCCCACUGGUCCGACAGGUGUCCAACAACAUCCUAAGCACAAGGGACGAAGAUGUGGUUAACGACAGAGAAUUCACUCACAUGGUAACCUUGUUCGGGCAGUGGAACGACCACGAUCUCACCUUCACGCCCUUCUCUCCCAGCAUCCGCUCCUUCAGCAACGGGGUGAACUGUGAUGAAAGCUGUGAGAACAUCGAGCCAUGUAUCCCCAUCCCGAUUCCUCCUGGCGACCCCCGCUUGCCAACCGGCCCAGACAGCUGCAUCCCUGCUUUCAGAUCAGCCCCUGUUUGCGGAACAGGAUUCUCGGCCUACAAUUUUGGAGGAGAAGCCAACAGGAGAGAACAGAUCAAUGCCCUGACAGCCUACCUGGAUCUCAGCCAGGUGUACGGCUCUGAGAAUAAGCUUGCCCAGUUUCUUCGAAACCUCACAAGUGAUGAUGGCCUGUUGCGCGUCAAUACAGAGUUCAGAGACAACGGACGUGAGCUGCUGCCCUUCAACCCGAUGGUGAUGAACAUGUGCGCCACCCGCAGAAGAGUCACCAAUGACUCCAACGCCAGAGAGGUUCCCUGUUUCAUUGCAGGUGAUGUCCGCGUGGACGAGAACAUCGGUCUGACGUCACUCCACACACUGUUUAUGCGAGAGCAUAACCGCCUGGCACGUCAACUGAAGAGACUUAACCCACACUGGGACAGUGAGACUCUCUACCAAGAGGCCCGAAAGAUCAUGGGUGCCUACACACAGGUGUUUGUGUUCAGGGACUAUCUGCCACACAUUGUGGGUGACGAUGCAAUGCGCAGACUGCUUGGCCGUUACCCUGGCUACAAUGACAAGGUGGACGCCAGCAUCUCCAAUGUCUUUGCUACAGCAGCCUACCGCUUCGCCCACUUGGCCAUCCAGCCAAACUUGGCCCGUCUGGAUGCAAAUUACAGGGAGCACCCUCAGUUCCCAAGUGUCUCCUUGUUCAAGGCCUUCUUCUCCCCCUGGAGAAUCAUCUUCGAGGGUGGCAUUGACCCUCUGCUGCGCGGUUUGGUCGGACGUCCUGCUAAACUGAACACUCAGGAUCACAUGAUGGUGGACGCUCUGAGGGAGAGGUUGUUCCAAUUUGUGCAGCAUCUGGCUUUGGACCUGGGCUCUCUCAACAUGCAGAGAGGACGUGAUCACGGCCUGCCCGGCUACAAUGCUUUUCGCAAGUUCUGUGGCCUGUCUCAGCCCAGGAACCAGGCAGAGCUCGGUCAGGUCCUGAACAACAGCGACCUGGCCCGCAGGCUGCUGCAGCUCUAUGGCACACCCGACAACAUCGACAUCUGGCUGGGAGGCGUGGCAGAGCCAUUCGUCCAGGGCGGUCGUGUUGGGCCUCUGUUUGCCUGCCUCAUUGCAAAACAGUUCCAGAGGAUCCGCCAGGGUGACAGGCUGUGGUACCAGAAGCCGGGCGUCUUCACCUCACGCCAGAGAGUCGCUCUGUCCUCUGCCACGCUGUCCAGGAUCAUCUGUGACAACACCGGGAUCACGUCAGUCCCCUCUGACGCUUUCAGCGUCAUUUCAAACAGGAACCGACUCGUCCGUUGCUCCAGCAUCAGACGCCUGAACCUGUCGGCCUGGAGGGAAACAUCCUCCUGCACAGGGCCAAGCUGUUAUCCAGUCAAUGGACAAGAGGAUAUGGAUGCGAAUUUGCUGGACCCCGAGGACCCAGAGGACCCAGAGGUCCCCGAGGACGAAGGGGAACUCGAGGACAACGAGGUCCAGUAGGACCCCCUGGCCCGAGAGGUCCACCUGGACUGCCCGCACUUAGCACCAACUCUUCACAGUCACAAUCUGCCUUUUCCGUCCGCUUGGGCCUGCAAAACCCAUCCUCAGUGAAAAUCCUUCAUUUCCAACAGGUCA